AUGCAUUUCCAAAAGAUCCUCGCUGUCACCGCAUCACUCAUCGGGCACUCCUUUGCAGCAUGCUAUCUCACCGGCACAGGUUGGAGUGAUGCGCAGGAGUCUGCUAGGGGUGCUGUUCGGUACUGGUGCAACGACACGACUACGGAGGGACUAAGCGGCAACUACCACUCCGGAGACAAGAGAAGUCGAUGUAGCAAUCUACUGAUUGACGGGAAAACGAUCGACAAGAAGGUGGACUUUGGAGUCGAGUGGAUGGGAUCAACCGACAGUAUUCUUACUGAGCAAGAAUGUACCGAAAAACUCUACGCCGAGAUCGGAUGUGACCUGGGAGGUUCUAAAGAGACCAACGAGUGGAAAUUCACGUGA